AUGAUUCCGGACAAGUUUCCGGACCGGCUGAUCAAUGUCGGUAUCGCAGAGCAGAACAUGGUUGGUGUUGGCGCCGGCCUUGCCAACGGUGGCAAGACGCCUUUCGUUUGCGGUGCCUCACCGUUCCUGACCGGCCGCGCGCUGGAACAGAUCAAAGCGGAUGUGGCCUAUUCGGAAGCCAACGUCAAACUCGUGGGCAUCAGCGCCGGCAUGGCCUAUGGAGAAUUGGGCGCAACGCACCAUUCGAUUGAAGAUUUCGCAUGGAUACGCGCCCUGCCGAAUGUACCGGUGAUUGCCCCGGCGGACCGCAUUGAAACCGCCGCUGCGGUGAAAUGGGCGAACAGGCUGCGCGAGGGUGGUGAUGUCACCCUGAUUGCCAAUGGUGUCCUGGCACACCGUGCCUUGAACGCAGCACAGUUGCUGGCGGACCAUGGUACGACGAAUUCGAAGGCGAUCUUGAUUGAUGAGAACGGCAGCAUCAUCGCGAGCGGAUCCGCGCCUGUUCCUAUCGAACAUCCAAAACCGGGCUGGGUGCAACAAGACGCCAAUGCGAUAUGGCAGGCGACACAACAGGCUGUCGCAAGUUGCCUGAACAAGGCGCCCGACGCUGAAGUCACAGCCCUGGGCAUUUCAAACCAGCGUGAAUCCAUCCUGGCCUGGGACAAGAGAACCGGUGAGCCCAUCGGGCCCGUCAUCACGUGGCAAUGCCGCCGCACGGCGGAGGAAUGUGACACGUUGAAAGCCGACGGGCACGAGGCCGACGUGAUCACCCGAACCGGCUUGCCUCUUGAUCCGCUCUUCCCCCCACCAAGGCGGCCUGGUUGCUACGGCAUUAUCCGCGCGCUCCACGUCACCGACAGUUCCAACGCUGCCCGGACACAAUUGUACAAUCUGGCCGAGGCACGAUGGGAUCCUGCAUUGUGUGACUUGUUCGGCAUCGAUCAAGACAUGUUGCCGGCAGUGCAUGACUCGUCCCAUGUCUUCGGGAAAACACAAGGCGCUGAAGUCAUCCCGGACGGCAUUCCAAUCGCCUCGGCGAUCGGGGAUUCCCAUGCUGCCCUGUUCGGUCAUGGAGCGUUUGCCAUCGGCGAUGGAAAAAUAACCUUCGGUACCGGGUCGUCCGUAAUGACUACGGUGUCGGAAUUUCUUGCUCCGCCACAAGGCAUUACGACAACAAUCGCAUGGUCGAUCAACAAGGUCCCAACCUUCGCCUUUGAAGGCAACAUCCUGGUGAGUGCGUCGAUCCUGCCCUGGACGGCAGAACUCCUGGGCCUGAAAAGCGUCGAUGAGUUGCUGGAUCUUGCUGCAACCGUCUCUGACACGAAGGAAGUUGCGUUGGUGCCGGCCCAUGUGGGACUGGGCUCGCCCCACUGGGAUUCGCAUGCACGAGGGCUGAUCAGCGGACUGUCGUUUGCAGCCGGCCGGGAACAUGUGGCAUUGGCUGCCGUCCAGAGCAUGGCCUUUCAGGUCUGCGAUGUCCUUGCAAUCAUGGAAGACACGUCCAGCAAUAUUGGACACCUUUAUGUCGACGGAGGACCAAGCGGAAAUCCCUUCCUGAUGCAAAUCGUGGCCGACCUGACAAAACGGCCGGUCCUGCCGGGCACCGAUACCGAGCUUUCCGCACUGGGAGCCGCCUAUCUGGCGGGCCUGGCGACUGGAUUCUGGCCCGAUUUCGACGCGAUUUCAAAACUCCCUCGUCACAAGGCGGAGAUUCCGCCCCGCAUGCCACCGGGCGACCGCGACGCGCUCAUCGCGAUGUGGAGAAACGCGAUUGCCCGCAGCACUCUUAGAGUGUAG